AUGGCGGCGACCAAUCCAUCAAGCAAGGUCGGACAAGACCUCACUCGCGCUGCGGAUGUUCUUCAAACUAUGCAAGCCCACGGCGAUCUGUCCCAUCCUAUUCCCCUUUCACCCAACAUUCCACCAGCUGCCUUCUUGGCAAGCGGACUCCAGGGUUCCAAGCUGAAGCAGUUUGAUGAGUCUACAAACGUUAGCCGCAAGGGCUCACAAGCCCCUACUCCACCUCAAUCAGUCAAGGGCAUCGGCAAGAAGGUCGCGAAACCGGAUUACUCCGAGUCCAAAAUUGUACUUGCGAUGGUCGGGCUUCCAGCGAGGGGAAAGUCCUAUCUGAGCAACAAGCUCAUGAUAUACCUCAAAUGGCUCGAAUACGAUGUCAAGGUGUUCAAUGUGGGACAACUAAGACGGACGAGAGCUAGGCAAAGGGCUCAAGAGAGUGGCGUCAAGGAAGACCAUAGUGCUAUUUUCUUCAGUCAAGACAACGCUGAAGGAACCCUGUCGCGAGAUCGGCUCGCGGAAGAUAGUUUAGAAAUGCUCAUCAAGUGGCUUAAAGACGGCGGGAAUGUCGGAAUUCACGAUGCAACCAACAGUACACGAGCGCGGAGAGCCAAGAUCGAAGCCCGUGUUGCAAAGGAGCCGGAGAUGAUGUUGAUUUUUCUCGAAUCGUUGUGCGACGAUCCUGCCGUCAUUGCGGCUAACAUUGCGCUUAAAGUCAGUUCGGGGGACCCGGACUACAAAGACCUGCAUCCGGAGAAGGCCAAAGCCGACUUCAUCCGCCGCAUCCACGAAUAUGAGAAGGUCUACGAAACUAUCACCGAGCCGCACUUGUCCUAUCUCCGCAUCACGAAUGUGGGGAAGGAGGUAACUGUUUCUCGAAUAAACGGUUACCUCUCCAGUCGAAUCGCAUUUUACCUCAUGAAUCUACAUCUUAACCCGCGCAGCAUCUACUUAUCUAGGCAUGGAGAAAGUCAAUACAACGUCGAAGGCAAGCUUGGUGGCGACUCCCUUCUGUCCCCCCGCGGCAUGGAGUAUGCCAGAGCAUUGCCUGCUUUGAUUAAAGACAACGUGGGCGACGCACAAUUGACGGUCUGGACGUCGACCCUCAGAAGAACGAUCCAGACAGCGGAAUUGCUGGACUUUACAAAGCUGACAUGGAAGUCAUUGGAUGAACUGGACGCUGGUGUUUGCGAUGGAAUGACAUAUGAGGAGAUCGAGCAAGCCUACCCCGAUGACUUUGCGAACCGCGAUGAAGACAAGUUCAACUAUCGCUAUCGUGGCGGGGAAUCAUAUCGCGAUGUUGUUGUCCGAUUGGAACCAGUCAUUAUGGAGCUGGAGCGACAGGAAAACAUCCUCAUCAUCGGACAUCAGGCUAUUUUGCGUUGUUUAUAUGCAUACUUUCACCACCUGUCACAAGACGAUCUUCCUUACAUUAAAAUCCCGCUACAUACUGUGAUUAAGCUCACUCCCAAAGCCUACGGUUGCGACGAGGAACGUUACGCACUUCCGAUCACUGCUGUUGACACUCAUCGGCCGAAGCCCAAAGUUGCCCAGCCUGUGGUCCAGCCAUCGACCACAAGACAGUACUUUACAGAACCUUCUUCCAUCUAG